AUGCUAUCCGCUGAACCAGUCGACACUAUCCAACAGCAGCAACACAAUAUUGCAACCGAUUCCCUCAUUGAAGACGUGAACUUGACCGUCAUUCAACAUCCUUAUCUUGACGAACUUGCAGACAAGAUCAGAACCGAACCCAUUCCAUGGCAGGACUAUCAACGCGCUGGUCUCAUUACUGCAGACGAGGUGGCCAUGAUUGAACACGUCGAAAACAAGACGCCUGAAGAAGUCAAUACUAUCAUGGCAGAGCACGGUCUUUAUUAUGCAGGCAUGUACCUGGAUCUUAUGCAUAAGCUUGCACGCGUCGAUGCUGUUCAAAAAGUAUUGGUCCUUAUUCAAGACAUGUUGAAUGAUCAUGAUGAAAGAAUCGCCCUUUUCCAUCAAGCAGCAGCUUCUCGUCCAGAAUACCCAUUUGGUCCUUUCCACAAGGCACUACAAAUCAAUGAUGAAUUUAUUGGCAUUCAAUCGAGCAAGAUUUUGGCGUUGCUUGUUUGUUCUACCAACAACCGUGACAUUGAUAUCAAUGACUUUUUCCGAUGGAUGACCUUUCAGCUCCAAAGCCGUAACGCCAACUUGAUCGAGCUCAACAUUCAAAUCCUUGAUGCACUCUUUCAUAUACCCCCUUACAGAGUGGCGUUCUGGAAUACGCUUCAUGCAGUGGAUACCCUUGUCAACAUUCUCAAAAAGGGCAGUUCCAAUCCUCAAGUGACCUAUGAAAUCGUGUUUGCCAUUUGGUUGUUGACAUUUGAUCGAGAUAUUGCCGCCAACCUCAACAAAAAGUACGAUGUGAUCCCUACAUUGAUCGAAGUUGCCAAGCAUGCUGUCAAGGAAAAGAUCAUUCGCGUGGUGGUGGCUACAUUCAAGAAUUUGAUUGACAAGGCACCCCGAGCCAAUCUUUCGGCCAUGUUGGUUGCCAAGUUGUUGCCAUUUGUUGAACAUCUAAGCACACGCAAGUGGUCUGAUCAAGAGGUGGUGGAUGACAUUGAAUUCGUUCAAGAACGUUUGCAGGACAACUUUCAAAGUUUGACUACGUUUGAAGUCUAUGCUUCCGAAUUGGAAACGGGCAAGCUCGAAUGGUCCCCUCCACAUCAAAGCGAGAACUUUUGGCGUCAGAAUGCUAGCCGAUUGAAUGAGGAUGAUAGAAGAUUAUUAAAGAUGCUCGUGCGAUUGUUGAGUACAAGCAGCCAACCCACUAUUUUGGCCAUCACCUGCCAUGACAUUGGACAAUAUGUGAAAUACAGCGGCAAUGAUGGACGAAGACACCUGCAAGAACUAGGUGCCAAGCAAAAGGUCAUGGAACUCAUGACCCAUCAAGAUCCCGAUGUCCGUUACCACGCCCUUUCCGCAACCCAAAAGUAUUUCGCUAUGGUAGCAUCAUCCUCGCAACAAUAG